CGUCUGCUCUGGAACGAACUGCCAGACAGCGCUACGACGCACAACGGAAUGGUGAAGAGCAGCGUAGGCUACUGGGAGUAUAGGAUACCUUUAACAACAACGAGAUUUUAUUUCUGUUUUGGUUCUUUGGGGCAACGAUAUCAAUCGUCUGAGAACUAAAAAUUCGUAUGUGAAGACAACAGUCGACUGUUGCGCUCAGAUGCGUCUACCAAAAUGACAGUAAUCGCGGAUGGCGGCAGUCUUCUUGUUCGAAAUAAGCAUCCUAACACUUUAUGAGACAAGACCCUCAAGUCUGAUUUUCAGUGUCAAAUCCACCGUAAAACAGAAGUUGAAAAAAGAGCACAGGAUGAAAAGCGCGGGGUUACUACUUGGUUACUUUCUGAUGAAAGUUCUUGUGUGUGAUGCCGGUGGAGAGCUUGGGAAAAACCUUGACGGUUUAGUUAUGGUGUCGGGAUCCAACGAGUCCAGAGACGGAGAGAGUGAUCUCUCGGAGACUCCUCACACGGAAGACAGAUGCCGGGGGUAUUACGACGUGAUGGGCCAGUGGGAUCCACCGUUUGUUUGCCGGACGGGUAGUUAUUUGUAUUGCUGCGGAACCUGUGGCUUCCGAUUCUGCUGCGAGUUUAAAACCUCGCGGCUUGACCAGACCACCUGCAAAAACUACGAUACACCACCCUGGUCAAUGACAGGUAGACCGCCGCCGAAGAAAAACGACCCCACUCACGAUCCAACCAAGGACAAAACGAAUUUGAUCGUGUAUAUAAUAUGUGGAGUAGUUGCUAUUAUGGCCCUGGUUGGGAUAUUCACAAAACUUGGGCUUGAAAAGGCACAUCGACCUCACAGAGAAAAUAUGUCCAGGGCCCUGGCACAGGUGAUGCGGCAGACUGCUCCAGCCGAGGCCCUGCAGCGAGAGGAGAGCCUGGUUGUGCCCGGGCAACCCUACGACACAGUGCCCACCAGGACAGCAGCAAACAGCCUGCAGAGCACCCAGAUGACCAGCGUGGGUCCAAGUGCCACACUGAUGCAGGCUAUGACACAAUAUCCUGCACUGGGACAGGUCUCCCAUGCUUAUGAGCAGCCACAACUUGGCAAGGAGAGCAACAAAUAUGCCUCGUUGAAAGCAGUGGCUGAAAAAGCCAAUGAGAACUUCUACACAAACCGGAGGCACGUGGUGGACCUGGCGGCGAAAGGCACGCUCCCUCUGCAGCCGGUGCAUCUGGAACCGGAGCCUGCCAACCCCUACAGUCCUGAGAGACCCAAGAUGAAUGGACACAGGGCCAAGAGCACCAAGGUGCCCUGCUCACUCACACUGCCCUAUGGCUCUAGCACCAUUGCCAGCCCUGGCAUGCUGAAGGCAUGGGAUGCCACAGAGACACUGGCACGCCGGCACACGUACGGCCCCAAGAGGCACAAUGCACUGCUGGAACAGGUCAAUGAACUGGCCUCGGUUCGCAGCCAGCCCUACCUGCCCCCACAACCCUAUUUCAUCACCAACAGCAAGACGGAGGUGACUGUGUGACGGGCCCCGAGCGCAGCCACCUGACCACCCACCCAGUGGGAGCCAGGGAAAGGGAUGGGAGAGCGAGAGGGAGCGAAAGGGAGAGGUGCAUUGCCAGGGCCCUGUGUUGACAGAGGUGCGUCCAGCCAUCUGCAAGGCCCCAUGUGCUUAGGGUGUCUGUGUUUUUUCCUUUCAUCCAGGAAGAGUUAACAUGAAAGAGGAUGGAACAGUGUCUCUUGUCACAUCAUGGUGGAGGGACAACCAUAAUUGUUUAAUCGGUACUCUCUCUGUGUCCAUUACUGCAGUCUCUGCAUUAUAAUGCAACAGUGUGACCUAUAGUAAUGAGCUUAUGACACAAGUGAAAAUAGAAGACAAGAGUGAGCCUCAUAAUUCAAGGAGACUCAUCAGCAAAGUGAGAUGGGAUGAGCAGAACUCAGUGAUGCUGUAUUUUGGGCUACUCUGCUUUGGGCACAUGGCCCUAAACUCAAAUAUGGAAACAGGCUUGAAAACAAAACAUGGACAUUUCUGGACAUCUAUGAAGCUGGUUCUUUUACUGCGGAGUCAGUUUUGAUAUAGGCAGCAUGUGGACACCCAAACCUCUCUGUAGCGAUAAAACACGAUCUAAUCUGCCUCUAAAACUGGCAUCUAAAAGCUUUGUGCUUUUUAAGGAACACAUGAUGUUUUCUCAAGAACAAAGAUGAAUCAUAUAUUUGCUCAUCUACUGUUUACUGAUGUCACAUUUCAGUAGAAAAGGUUGAUAUGUAUGUAGUGCUCUAAAACACACUGGUUAUUUUUUCGCUCUUCGUUACUGUAACUCACUAGCUUCCAGUGUGUUUGUUGUCUAUUUUUGUAUGUGUCAGUGUAAAGAAAAUAGAUGAUAGAAAGCCCAGAAUAUAAAUGGCACAUGGUGUAUGUUUUUAUAAUUAUUUUUAAAUAUUAGGAGAAUUUGAGUUAGAAUUUUAAUGAGUAAAUCACUGGUGACAUUAGAGUCCUAACUCAGUGAAGCCCUAACCUGAUUGGUUCUGAUGAACACGAGAGUAACUUCAUUACUUCUUACAGCUUAGUGUUUCUUCAGUAGAUUGCUUUAAGAGCUCCAAAACAUCAAACCAUAUUUCAUGAAAACCCAUGGCAAUAGUUUAGCAUUAUAUACUGUAAUGGAAAUAUGAUGUACUGUAUUUAAAGUAACUAAAUGUCUGAAACAUGGGCAAUGCACUAAAUCCAUCCAGGGUUCCAUCCAGGUUUCCAUCCAGGUUCCAUUCAGGGUUCCAUCCAGGGUUCCAGGGUUUCUUUGGGUAAUUGUUCCAACCCAUGCAUCAUGAUGCCUGACUUCAUUACUUGAGCCUUUGCAAUGAAAAACCAUGUCAAUUUAUAGUUUUUCCACAUUUUACAAAAUAGAAACAAUAAUAUAAAGCAUUAUUGCAAAUGCCCAAUUUUUUACACUUCCAUGAUAGAAGUAAUGUAAGUCUAUAUAAAGCAUAUUUUCCAUUUUAAUGUCAUUUUAAUGUAAAAGUUAAAAAACUAAAAUAUCAAAAACUAAAAUAACUGAAAUGGCUGAUAUGUUUUUUCAUUGCAAGGGCUCAAUUGUGCAUCUUAAUGUUUUAUGAAGAUGGGCUCAGUGAAACCAGUUGGACUUUGUGUAGGCUUAGAACAAUGACCCGUUGAGCCUUGAUCUUAGCUGAAUCAAGAUUCUCUCACCCACAUCAGAAAAUUGGUCUGUCUAUUUUGAUUUGUUAACCUCUGAACAUCUGAAUUUACAUUUACAUCAGAUUUAGGCCAUACCAGUAUGUUUAGGCCUGAAAUAAAUGGCUUUUUAUCCUCUUUAAGUUUUAGAACCUGCAUUCUAUAUUGUUAAAGUUCUGCAUACCUCAUACACAGCAAACCUUCCUGAUAUCACUGUUUUUUGGCUGCUGUGUAUGACUCAUAAUAAUAUUUAAGCAAUUUGGGGCUUACAUAUUCUUUAUGCACUUCCCAGAGAUUUAUUGUAAAAUCUCAUCUGAUCAUAAAUAAGGACAUUUAUUUGGUGUGGAAGUGGAAUAAUGUUGGAACUAAAUAUAAUGAUGUAUAAUGACAUUGUCUGGAGUCAUCAUAUGCAUGUUUGCAGUCAAAUAGUAAGACUGUCCAAAAUGUUAUCAUAACACUACAUGGAAUUAUCAAUGAUGAGAACGGUUGUAUUUUAUCCCCCAGGGAGGUAUGCAUUAUAUGGUGCAUUAGAGCUGUUUGAUGAUAAAUGCCACAUGGCAAAAUAUUCCAUCUCACAUUAUAUAAAGACACAACUGAUGCAGUUUGCCAUGUGUUGCUGUGUCCCCCUGCCAAAUGAUGCAAGUCUGCCUGACACUAUAAGAACAAGUCGUCAUGGCAGCCAGACACAGACUCUGUGCGUCACUGCCACACAUCCUGCGACAAAGUAGUAUUUAAAUCUGAAGUAGUGGUUACUGCUUUGACAUUCACUUAGUCCACUUAAUGUCUAUUAAGACGUCUUACUGCCAGUGCUAUAAUGACUCAGGCACACCUCAUAGUCAUCGAUGUGUGGAGAGCAUUAUUUUGAAUGAAGCCGUACUGCAUCAUUUUAGUUUUUUCCCUUUGUAAAUCAGACACAUCUCACCUAUGGAUUAUUGGAUUACAGUUCCAUGAUUUAAAGGAACAUGUAGAAAAUUAGACUAAAUAUCACUUGAAUCCUGUAGAGAGUAGAGUGCAGAUAAAACCUGUUCACAGUAUGAAACAAACCAGGCUGUUACCAUUUUCCAGCUGUUAAAAACCAUUGUAAUCAUACCAAUUAGCUGAAGGGUAUGAGCCUCCUGUUACAGUCCCAUGGAGUGAGGUUGCACCUGGGGUUGUCUGUUGUCUGCUGAUUGAUUAUUGUUUAGUUUUGUUGUGCUUGGUGUUUUUGUCAUUCAUUACCAUUCAGUGGCUGUUCUCUGUGCUUGGUGACACCCAAGAGAAGCCAGUGCAAGUAAAACAGUAAAAAGUUUUUAAAAAAGUUUAACUAUUAAACAUGAUACUAAUAUCAUCUUUUUGCAGAGAAUGGUACCAUGUUUACUUUGCAGUUGAAAAGGAACAUGGACUACAACAUUAUCAAUGCAAUCAUCUCUGACAUUAUGCACAAGGGCUGAUAUUUACAGAGAAAACCAGAACUGUGAUCUAUUUCCAGGGGAACCUGGUGCAGUUCCAGUAUCUAAGAUGUCUCUAAGAUGAUGAACUCACACAAAAAAAUGGUUAUCUGUCUCAUGGUAAUGAUCUUGACAAAUUCAAUAGGCACGGAGGGGUACAGAAGUCACCAUAUCCUCCUUAAAAUGCUCUAAUCAUAUUGUUCUUUAGCUUAUUCAAAAAAAAAAAGAUUGCUCCACAGCCUGUGGUAGUGAUAUUGGUUUUGUCCAAUUAUGUUCUGUUUAUUUCAGAUCUAUUGUGUUGUGUUAACAAAUUCACAUUACAAAAUGUAAUACCUCAAAAAUGAAACGUAGUAAAUCCAAUGUUUUUUUCAUUCUGGAUAUUUAACCCAUGACAUUCAGUACUGAUAACAUAUUUCUGUAUGGUCUUAUAAUGUCAUACUCUGAAAGCAAAGAUGGAAUAGCAAUAGAAUAACUAGAUAUUCCUAAGUAGCUUAAUAGUUGCUGAACAGAGUAAGUUGUUAAGGUUAGUUGUCUGUUUUGUAAUUCACAUAUUCAAAGUGAUGCUAUCUGAAGGGUACUUCAAUAAUGCAUUGAAAACAAACAUAUUAGGCAACACAAUAAACAGAUAUACAAAAACCAAGCAGUGGAACUGACUAAUAUAAUUUGAUAUUGAUCUAAUGAAGAAUUAUUUUGUGGUCAACCUCUAUUGCAAAAUGUAUGUCCAUUCAUUAUCCAAUAAAUCAUACUCCUCUGUGGACCUGAAAGUGUCCUUGAUUAGAUAUAAUGAAAAUGAUUAGCAAAACAGGGAACGAUGGGGACCCUCAUUUCAUCCUGCUGUCCAUAGAUAUAUAUGUUCUAUCCUGGAUGAGUGCCCUUUGUUAAAAUAAUACAUGGAACAUUUCUGUGUGCAAGUUGCAAAAUGAGACACUGUUGUAUUGUUCAUUUCACAACACCUCUUUACAAUAAAUGUCUCUUCUCAA